AUGAUCGACGAGGUCUGGGAAGUCACUUCCAGUGAAACACAACGCAUAGCAGGUGUUCUCACCUUCCUUCGACGGAACACAUGUCCUUACAUUGGCCGUCCUGUUUUGCGCAGGUACAGGGAGGGGAAUGAAAUGGAGGGUGCCAAGGAAAAAAAAUCUGCAUCACCGCUUCGUAUUCUCCUCUCAUACUCAUUUUCCCAGCACACUGUCACACUGCACCAAUUUUUGCAGAUGACGGAUAGUCUUCACCGCGAGGUAAAGCUAUCUUUGGCACACCAACUUGUUCAGGCUAUUGCCUUUCUUCAUACCUGUGGGGUGAGUCAUCAGUUUCUUUCCUCUGAUGUGGUGGCGGUGGAGCUGAAACCAGAGCCGACAGUGCGGAUAAUCCACUUUUGCGGCGGUACAACUUCAUCUGACUGUGGUGGAUCGUAUAUCUGCGUGCGGAACUAUCGACCACCAGAGGUGCUUCUUCAGCUUAGCGGCCUUAGGCCCAAGGCGAUAGACUGUUGGGCGUUGGGUUGUCUGCUGUUUGAGAUAUACACUGGCUCCGCUGCCUUCUCUCUAGAGGCGUCGGACGGCAACUUUCGUCCUGGACUUGUCAGAGAACAAUUAACAGAGACAGUAAGGGUUAUUGGUAAGCUGGGGGAGGACAACAUACCGCCUGGGUGCUCAGAUCGCGUAUCCGAGUUUCUUCUGGGCCUCGAUUAUGAUGCAUCUUUCCCGGCUCGCAUGCGGUUGGCUGCUCCGGAAGAGGAAACGGAGGUGUGGAUCUCGCUGGUGAGAGCACUGCUGCGCUUUAACUUUCACCUACGCCCAUCUGUGGAGGAGCUGCUUCGACACGAGCUCUUUGCAGACCUACCACCUCCUUUCAACUGGCCGGUACCUGACGAGGAAUCCCUGCCAUUGCAUACCCUACUGGAGUGA